AUGAGCCACGGGAAACAGCCUGUCUUUCUCUGUCUGUGCUCGAAAUGUAUCAAAGAAACUCACCCAGUCAACGGCGUCAAUCAGCCAGGUCUUCUCAUUCCGCGCAAUACUUGUCAAAUCCACCGGGCAGCGGAUCAGCGAGCCACUAUUCUAGCGGAUCUUCAAUCACAGGCUCGACCUAUGGUGACCAACGAUGAAGUUCACGAAGAGGAUCAGUUGAUGGAAGUCAACAACCGUGAUGAUGAACAUCAAGACCAAGUUUUUCAAGAACCUAUCACAAACCUCAUGGCAGAUGAUCGCAUGGAUAUCCACGCAACUAGUUCUUCCAGUCGCCGAACUUCCCAAAGCUUGGAGGGGGAACCUACAGGUCCUGCCAAAAAUAUAUUCGAUACAACCAAGUUCCUCGAGCAUAAUCUGAUCGGUGAAAUACCAGUUGUAACUCAUACCUGCUUGGUCGCUAGUCUCAUGGCAGUCUUCGACCACUCUUCACUCGUAACAGCAUCUUGGCUGCUAAGGGCUCAACGGGAUGGUAUUGCAACUUCAGCCGAGCACAGAGCUCAUGCGAUUGCUGCCCGUGAUGCCGAGACUGCCGCCGAGCGCAAAGCUAUCUUUGAAUCAUCUGGUGUUCGAUAUUCUGUCAUGGUCGAGUUAGACUAUUGGAAGGUAAUGGACUAUCACGUAAUUGACUCCAUGCACAACAUCCUCCUAGGACUUCUUUCUUGGCAUUUGACAAGGUUUUGGGCAAUGUCCGAGGAGGUAGAGAAUGAACCUCCUCCAUCUCCUAUGACAACCAACCAGAUUCGAAACCUGGUAGCCACAUCAACCGCCAAAAUCCGAAAUCACGAACGAUAUCAACACGAGCCCCCAAAAGUCCAAGGCGGGGUACCUCUAGCCGAAGCACAACUACCGUCAGACACCUCUUCCGGUGACGACUCCUUUGAUCCCCUAGCACAAAUGUUUUACGGCUGGGAUGGUAGCUACAAACAUCCACUAAGACACACUGUGACUUUUGAUUCGAAGAUACUCCGCAUAGUCAACUCGCGUAUAAAAAGGAUCCAUAGUCCUUCUUCGCUGCAGCGUAUUUUGCCAACCCUUGGCCAAAAAGGUGAGCUCGAGAUAACCUUCCUUGAAAGUUUCUGUCGAGCCGGAAAUCUAUCUGCCUUACUCAAUGACGAACGCAAGAUACCGGAAAGCUUGAGACCAUUACUCCAGCAGCUCAAGAAUAUCUUUGACCCAGUCGAUUUUGAGCCCCAAUCCACCAAUCAAUCCAAGUCUCAGCCACUUGAAGAGGCAAUCUCACAUCAACUACUCAAGCGUUUGAAUUCUUUCCGUGCGGAAGGCUGUAUCUGGUUACCAUCCGACGAGUGGGCCAAUCUUUCAAAAGAACUCGCUGCCGAAUUCGCGCCGGUUUCAACACACGCAAUCUUUGAAACUGGAAUUUGGCACGAUGGACUUCUCUACACCACUGUUGAUCAGAACCCAGACAACAGUGUAAUACAUGUAGUUUCGCGCUCCAAUGGGGCAACACUGUUUGGGCGAAUUGUCUCAAUAUUCAGACAUGAACGAUUCCCAACCAGAAACCGACCAUCUGUUUCCGAUACAUGGCUUAUGGUUGAAUACUUUGUGCCGGUACCAGAUGACAAGCCGAAUCCUUUUGCAAAAGUCAACAUGCCUGACAUGCAGGUACAUCUACGCCUUACAUUAACAAGCACCCCGCGCCUUACCCAUAUCAGCGAAUUAAUUGCUCAGUGUGCAUGGAUUGUCUACGAGCCCAAAGAGAUUCACUUCCUUUUAGGUAUGGAAAGCAUAGCAAUGGUCUCCAUUGAUCGAUGA